ACAAGAUGGCAGCCUUCAUGGGUAGUGGCAUGCGUUCUGUUAUGAAAUCGAAAUUUGUUGUUAAGAAGCUAUUGUGUCAGUACGGGACUGUGUCGACAUUACAACCAUGUAUAGGUAUUUCAUUCUGCAAUUUUACUGUGAUGCAAUCCACACCGUUAUGCAAAUAUAUGUCAACCGGUAUUGGAUCUAGAAACUUUAUUCCGAUGACAGAAAAAUGCCUUCUUGCAUCAGAUGUGAAACCUAAGUCCGUGCGACAAAAAUCAGACACUAUUUUACACGAUUCGUCUACUGGACAGGAAAGUUCUAAUCAGAAAGAAGAUGAGAAGACAGGAAAAAAGGAAUGGUACCAGACUUCAACAUUCAAGGCGAUAGCCGCUAUAACAAUGUCCUCACUGUCAUUUGGUGGUUUAGCAUAUAUUAUGCAUAUACAAGGUGAACCUGCUAGAAAUGAAUCGGGAAGUAUAGUUGAAGAUGAAUUUACAGGCAAAUGGAAUGCAAAUUUCUCCAGAGCAAUACAGCGCUAUAUCAAUCCAUCAAGAGAACAACUCCUACCGGAACCACUGCAGGCUCCGUAUUAUCAGCCCCCGUAUACACUUGUCAUGGAGAUCACCGGCGUGCUUAUACAUCCAGAAUGGACAUAUGAGACUGGCUGGCGCUUUAAAAAGAGACCGGGUGUCGAUUAUUUCUUCUCCAAAGUUUGUCCUCCUCUGUUUGAAGUGGUGAUAUUUACAUCAGAAGGGGGAAUGAAUGCAGAUCCACUUGUCAACAACUUAGAUCCACAUGGAGCUGUCAUGUACCGUCUGUACCGGGACUCCACAAAAUACGUCAAUGGUCAUCAUGUCAAGGACCUGUCAUACCUGAACCGCGACCUUUCCAAGGUCAUCGUAGUCGACUGCAAUGAGAAAUCAUUCCAGUUCCAUAUAAGAAAUGGCCUCAAGCUGAAGAAGUGGACUGGUGAUGAUGAAGAUAAAACUCUAAUAGAUCUUGCAAACUUUUUACAAGUGGUGGGGUCAAGUGGCGUGGAGGAUGUGAGGACUGUCAUGGAGUACUACAGUAAAUUUGAUGAUCCCAUGGAAGCGUUCAAGGAAAACCAGAAGAAACUAGAGGGAGAAAAGCAGCGACGAUUAGCUAUGGCUACGAGUCAGGACCCCAAAAAGUCCUGGUUCUGGCGGAAGUGAUGACAACCAUAAUCAGUGAGAUAACCCCUGAUGGACAAAUUCAUUAUUAGCUGACCUGGCACAAAGUGCAUGUGAGUUUAUAGGCGAUGGUGCAGCAUCAGCCCUCUGUCUCUCUGUCGUCAACCUUUCAUUUAACAUCUUCUCCUGCAGAACCAUACGGUCUCGAGUCCUAAACCCACUUUCAAGGUCACAGAAAUGAAAUGUGGUAAAAAGAAACUUAGAAUGACCUCUUCUACAGAACCUUAAGGCCUGGAGUCAUUGUAUCUAGGGUGAAGCUUCCUUUGCUAGAGGGUUAUCAGAUUUGUUCAAACAAUUCACCUUGACCUACUUUCAAGGUCAUUGAUGCAAAAUGUGUUGAGGCAUGCAAUGACCACUUCAAAAGAUACAUGAUAGGGAGACCUAGAGCCCGGACAUAUAUAGGGCUUGCUGGGAGGAUGUGAUAUCAACUGUGUCCAAAUGAAUAUAAUCUGACCUUGUCCUGUUUUUUUCAGGGAAUAUGAGUUUAUUGUGUAAAAGUUUUCUUUCAAUUUUUUUUUUUUAAAUCUUCAAGUCAUAUUUUGUCUUUUGACUUGUGAGAGGGAAGGUCUAUCAAGUUUGUUCAAUUGAAUAACCUUGAUCCACUUUCAAGGUCACAAGGGUCGAAGAUGUUUAAAGCAAACAUCAAAAUCCAGAUUACCUAUUCUGUGAACCUAUUGUUUGGGUAUGAUGGUCUAGUAUGGAAUAUAUUCUAUCUGAAUCCAAUUUAUCCAGCUCAUUUUUCUAGAGGAAUUUUAUUAGUCAAGACAGAAAAACCAAUGGACAAAGUUUGACAAAAUAAUGACUCUGUGGUCAAGGUUUGUUGACCAGGACUGUGUUAUGUUCAGUGGUCAAAUAUAGCAAGCAAACUAAUUAUGCAUUGUUCAAGGAGACUUUUGGGGAUUUUUUGUGUCGCUAAGGACAUAACCUCAUUGUUCUGAGAACGACCUUGACCAGUAGGCGGUUGUUGACGUCUGCACGCGCGCACAAGGUGUCAAUUAUAAAGACUUAUUACUUGAUUUUGAUAUAAAUACUGUAGAAUUAGCCGCGAGGCAUGUAUAUAGUGUGUGGGUCGUAUAUUGGUGUUUGACAGGUUGUAGUCGUCCGAAUGGUAGUUGUUACUGUCACUUAUAACCGGGGUUCAGUACGUGUAGUGACAUUUAUAUCAAAAUGUUUUCUUUUUAAAAUAUGAAAAUGGACGCUCUAAAGUGUAAUGUAAGUCACAUGUGACAACAAAACUCAUCAUACACCAUUUUAUAGUGUAAUGUAAGACACAUGUGACAAUGAAACUGUCAUCAGACACCAUUUUAUAGUGUAAUGUAAGUCACAUGUGACAACGAAACUGUCAUCAUACACCAUUUUAUAGUGUAAUGUAAGUCACAUGUGACAAUAGAAAUGUUGUUACUGUUUUGUAGUAUUAGUCACAUGUGACAAUAGUAACAUCUUUAGACAUUGUUAUAUAAUGUAAGUCACUGUUAUGACAAACUCAGAGAUGAAAUUUUCUUAACGCUUUACGGAAAAAUGCAUUGCUUAUUACAAAAAUUAAUACUGUAGGAUAAUUGUAUUUGGCAAGAUAUUUAACUUGCACAAAUUUGCUAGGAAUCACCAAUUUAAAUAGCACACAAGUAUUUGCCAGGCACAAGUAAAAGGAAAAUUAACUAAUAUAUGUUUACUUUUUUUGACGUUUCAAAUCAAAUAUGACAUUGAAAGAACAAUCACAAAAAAAUGCAUUUACGAAAACUAACCUAUUUACAGUGUACACUUGUUGAUAAAGUGUUUUAUUUCAAGUCUUAUCAAUGUUUGAUUUAUUUGAGAGCUUUGUUUUAAGGCAUAUUGAUAUCCAUAUGCAUGUAGCAUAUGAGACAGUCAUAUGCCAGCUUUAUGCUUCUGUAUAUAUACAAAAAACAGGCUCCUGAGUUUUCAAUUAAGUACAAAUAAUUAUUCCCUGCCUUGAGGGUAUAGUAAAUGAAUUCCAAACUCUCGAUGUAAGUUUUUUAUAUCACAUCCUUGGUAAAAAUAAAAAUUUGGACCUUCAAGAAACUUCAGUUGUCAUUUGUCAUCAAUGACAAAUCAGGAAAGAUUAUGUCUUGGUGAUUAUCAAGGGCAAAGUAUCAAUCUUUUUAAGGAUCUCCGUACUACUGCCAAAAAUAAUAACAAUGCAUUGGAAUCCGAUUUUGCCGACAUGACUGUAGCUUUGAUAAAUAAAUUCUGAAAAAACCAUACCUUGCAGAACUUUGAUUUAAAAAAAUGACAGAGAUGAAAUAUACCAGUGUUUAUGAUUGAGAAGAUAAGAAAUCAGCGUGACUAGACCAGGUUUCGAACCCUGAACCUCAGGUCAUUAUAGUAUCUCACUAACCAACUGAGCUGCCUGGUCAACAGAAGUGUCCCGGCCAAACUGUGCUACAGUUUUAUCCCAAACGAAAUUAAGGGGCAGUUACUCUUAAUUAUGAAAAGCUACAGUGCAGUGGGACGGGGAUCCUUAAAUUCCUUAGCAUAUACAUGUAAUGCUAUAAGUUCUAUACUGAAUGUUUUAUGGGUUAAUUGCAUGAAAAGUAUGAGAUGAUGAUUGGAUGUAAUUUUUUGUAUGUAUCUGUGAUGUGAUAUGAAAUACAGUUUGUAUAAACAGUCUUCA